AUGGUCGCGACGGCAGUGCCGGAGUAAGAAGCACGGCGGCUUGCUGCAUGUGAUGAAUGUGGCGCUGAACUGGGACUGUUAUUGCAGGUUGUUCGAGGAUGAUUCCCAUACGGUCAUUGAUAUACGAACGGACUCGCUGCAGACUCUGCGAGAACUCGGCCCUCCCGACUUGAUCCAUCUGAUCAAGCAACCCACCAAAUCGUCGACUUCGAAGCAGGUGAGACCCGGCUAUACCAAUGCAGCGAUGGGCAGAAGCAUGGGAGCGAGACACUACGCAGGAUACUGAGCGGCUCUUCAGGCUGGCGUCUACCACCAUGCGACCGGCAUCGACGCCUCUUCGUCAGCUAGUUUGGCAGCGUAUAUCAACACCUUGACGUAUGCUCCUGGCGCAGCGCCCUUGAAAGUCGCAUCGGGGCUAUACUGGUAGGAUAUGGGAAUGCUUUACCGUUCCAAUCGCUGACUCUGGCAGUUGCUACAAUGCCUUCUCCCGAGUCGAUAUGCGCGUUCAGGUCCAAAUCCCCGGUACGGUCGAGAGUUAUUGCGUGGACGAGCGAGGAAACAAGUUAGAGGCUACGGAAGAGCACUGGCUGGAGACAUACCUUUGCAGCGUCUUGCGGGCAUACUCAUAUGCAGACAACGGAUCAGGCGAUGUGAUCAAGCGCAUAAUCGGUGUGAGGCGGUUCAAUCCUGUCACAUCUACGGAGCAAGAGCAAAAAUUCCUGGACGCGGCGGAGAAGCUAUUCUUCAGCGGUAGGUCAAGAUGGUGCACCUGAUGAGCAGGCAGUGCUGACGUUGAACAAUAGGAUGGCAACUGGGCUCCGACCCUGAGAUUCAGGUCCCCAAUCUGGUAUCGAAUCAUCUCACGUCCGGUCUGCUCCACUACAUCAAGACAACAGGCCGGUUCGCGUCUGGCAUAAAUCUCUUCGAAAAACUUCGCAUGCGGGAUCCAGAAAUAUCGUCAUUGUUGGCGAGAGUGUACAUUGCUGCAGAUGAGGAGGUAAAGGCGGUUCGAUUAUUACACGAGGCGGUUCAAGAAUUGCCCAUGGACUACUCCAUCCUCGAUUGCCAAGCCGACUUCUGCAAUAAGAAAGGUAGAGGCGAUCUUGCACUGGAGAUUGCAAAGCGCGGUGUGGUGUCCGCUCCAAGUGAAUUCUGCACAUGGGCGCGUCUCGCGGAAGUAUAUGUGGCCGUGGAGCAAUGGGACCUUGCUCUGCUGACUCUAAACUCAUGUCCGAUGUUCACUUACCAGGAUAAGGACGCACCGAGAUUGCCAGAGCCUGCGCGAAUAUCUCUACCUCUUGCCCCAGAGACAAUGUGCGACGAGAUCGACGACGCGGGUGCAACACCCGAUGCUGAUGUUGUGCAUCCCACCCUCCGAAGGCUGUCCGCUGGCAACUACAAGGGCACUUUCCACAAGGCCUACAUAUUGCUCACGGAAAUCACGAAGAAAAUUGGCUGGGAUCAGCUGUUGAAGAUCAGAAGCCAGGUGUUCGUGAUGGAGGAAGAGUACCGCCAUGAGAGGCAGCCGCCAGGAACCGCAAGUCGCAACGCAAGUACCGUGGCUCUCAGAGGUACUGACACGCCACAGCCCAAUGGACACGGCCAUCCUCACGAACAGACUCCGUCAGAAGCAGGUACCGAGGAUAUGAUCAAUGGCGAAAACGAAGAGCCGAAUGCUGCAUCAUCGCACUUGGACCCGGACGUGUCUAAACCUUCGACAACUAUCACUGUUCGAUCAAACUCAGAAACGCCACAGCCUCAGCCUCCAAACACAGACCCGGCCCACCAAGCCUACACCCAAUUCCAGCACAAGCGCCUCUGCGAGCGAUGGCUUGACAAUCUUUUCAUGGUUCUGUAUGAGGAUCUGCGCAUUUACACCAUCUGGAGGACGGAAGCAUCUCAGUAUAAGCAGCAACAAAUGGCCUACAAGAAGAGUGCCGAAGAAUGGGAGAUUUUGGGAGAUCUAGCCGAGCGACUCCAUCAUCCUGAAGAAGCCAUUGAGGCCUGGCAGUCUUGCUUGGGCAUGCGUUUCAGCCCGAAGGCGAUGCGAGGCGUUCUAGGACUAUAUGAGCGCAACGGUGAUGCCAGAAAUAUGCUCGGCGCGCUCAUCCGGCUCAUCGUAUGGCAGUUUAGGUGGUACUCAGAGGUAGGGACCGUGCUCUCACCCUUUGACUUGAGCUAAUGGUGUUGUAGUUCUCUCCCGACCUGCUACUAGCCAUCCGGAAACUGAUCGAAGAGGAGGGAGCAGUCAAAGUUCGAAGCAUCGUUCAGGCCACGAGUCUGCCGCAACACAUCCUAGACUUGACCCAUCAGUACGCAGCACUUUGCGCCGCCUUCCGAAGUAGCGGCAGUGAUGGAUAG